CUGUUUCACACACCGGUGGUGUAGUUGAGCCCCUCACAAGAAUUCUCCUGGUUAUGUCCGCCAUCUGGAAUGUGGAGUCACUUCCUCUGUCUGCCCUGCGCUCUGACUGGGUUGUCCUCCGUGUCUCUGCUCCCUCCCUCUGUUCUGACAGCUCUCUGUAGAACCGCUGGAGAUCACGCCAGUGCAAAUGGGACCCUUCUAACAAGACACACACUCUGGCUCUCAGACAUCCAGCAUGAAAGUAAGACCCCUGGGGUAGCCUGCUUUCCUCCAGACAUACUCUAAAUGGAAUCUGGGUUUGGAAAAAGCAAAGACAACUGCAGCCAUCAACUGAACCUAUUGGAGGGUGUUUCUUUUCCCUUAUAUGGCAACAGAGCUGGGAAAUCAUUUGAAUUAGUCUGGUUUCUGUUGCAUGCCUGUCUGGUUUUAGUGCUGACCGAGUUCCAUCUGGUAUGUUUCUAUCUCUGCCGCGUACGUGUGUGAGCGUGUGGGUGCUGUGUGUGUGUGGCGCCUUUAGUUUGUUUUGCCAUUCUUGGUUCUUCUUUUCCUGUUGUUUGCAUGUUGGGCUUUUGUUUUGGGACAAGAGGAGGGCCUGUGUUUGUGGUUAAGCCUGAGGCAACGUCAUUGCCUCAGGGCUGGCUGCUUCAUUCUCUGCUGAUGGUCUAUGUUUGUUGGAUCAACACACCCACCUGGGUGCAGCGACUCGCAAUUUAAAACGGAGACGGUGGAUUUCUAUGCAAAGAUAUUACAAGAAUGGUGGACUGGAUCCUCUGCUGACGACUCUGACGGAGAGCUGUGAGAGUGGAAUAUCCUCAGAAUCAGCUGGAUGCGGCUUCUCUCGUCCCUCUGUGCAACAGAAUGGGUGACCCAGAAGCAGCCAGCAGGGACCCAGGAAGUGGUAGCUGAUAGGGUUUGACACUUUGGUCAUGACAUUGGGGACUAUGGGGAAGCUUUAAACACUCAUAGACCACACGGCACACUCUGAUGCUGCUGACUGGAGGAGCAGGCCACUAGCACAAUGUCAUCUGUGCAGAUCUGACACAGUAAACUUUUAUGUUUGUGUUAAGUCCGUCACCUCAUGUGGAUUACUCUUAUGAACAUAUCUUUGAAUGUUAAAUGCCAUGGCUUCUGCAUCAUGGUAUCAUCGUGAUAUCAGCCGUGUGCACGCAGAGGACCUGCUGGCACGGGCAGGGAGGGAUGGCAGCUACCUAGUCAGAGACAGUGAGUCUGUGCCUGGAGCCUAUGCACUGUGCCUCCUGUUCCAGUGUCAUGUUCACACGUAUCGUAUUCUUCCAGAUGCAGAUGGUCUUCUAGCAGUUCAGACAACACAGGGGGUGCAGGUGAACUGUUUCCGGACACUGGAGGACUUGGUGUUGGGGUACCAGCACCCCCACAAAGGCCUGGUCACUCCUCUGCUCUACCCCGUUCCCCGUGAUACAGACUCAGGGGAUGAGAGCUCAGACGAUGAGAAGCCACCUACUGCUCCAGUCUCGGUCAACAUGGUAUCUUUCUCUGGACCGCCAACUAAAUCGCCCCCUCAUGCACAAUUCCUGGAGAAGCUGCAAGAGUUGAAUACAUCCAAUGCUGCAGGUGAAGUAAUUGCUCUGCUCAGUGACUACCUCUUCAGCGAGCUGCCUUUUGACAUUGAAAAUGUGCACAAAGGGGCAACAACUUUAACCCAUCUCAAGCGCACACUUGGAGCAGCCUGCCAAGGUUUGAACAGUGAGAUUGAUCAGACUCUUUCAAGUCUGGAAACCUUGGCCAAGGUCUUUGACCAUCCUAGCUGCUCUUUAACGCCCUCCAAGUCACAGGGUCCAGAGAUGGAGAUAGACAGCUUGUUGUCCAAAAUAUCGGCUUUGGUCAGCCUCCUUUCUUCACUGGAGAAAAAGGUAUUGAAAGCCUUACAAGAGGCUGUGACCAAUCACAAUUUGGCAGUGCAGCCUAACCCAUCCCCUCCUGAACCACCAGCCUGUGGUGUGACACCAGUAAAGACCACCAGACCGCUCCCUAUCCACACUUUUCAGGUGAGGGUAGUGAGGUAUGGCAGACAAACCGUGUCUGUGGACGUGGACACGGGAUUGCUGCUUUUUGAUAGGAAGUUUAGUUCGUUCGGUGUUGAGCGGGUCACACAUGAAAGAAUCCUACAGGUGGUCAAGUUUCAGAGCAGUCCAGCUAAGGUACGAAUGGUGGUUGACAGUCAUCAGAACACACCACAGGAGAUGACGUUUGAGAGUGCACGGAAAUGUGACUCAUUCUGCCAACUCCUUCUGCUGAUGAAAUCAAGGCACUCUCAGCGGAGUGAACCCGACGUGAUCUCUGUGUUUGUUGGCACCUGGAAUAUGGGGGGCUCUCCUCCUCCUCGAAGCCUGCAGUCUUGGGUGACCUGCUGUGGAUUGGGACACACCCCCGACGAGUCGACAGCUUUUCUCCCUCACGACAUCUACGCCUUUGGGACUCAAGAAAAUCCUCAGGGCGAGAGAGAGUGGACUGAACAUAUUAAAGCAACCCUUCGCUCCUAUACUCAGAUCGAAUUUAAACAAGUGGCAGUGCAAUCCCUUUGGAAUAUGAGGCUGGCUGUGUUCGUGAGGCCUGAGCACGAGGGUCGCAUCAGCCAUGUGAAUUCAGCCAGCGUGAAGACUGGCUUGGGAAACACACUGGGAAACAAAGGAGCUGUGGGGGUGUCCCUCCAAUUCAGUGGAACAUCUUUUGGGUUUGUCAACUGCCACCUGACGUCUGGAAGUGAGAAAGUAUUGAGGAGGAACCAGAGCUUUGUUGACAUCCUCAGAAUGCUCUCUCUGGGUGACAAACAUCUUGCUGCCUUUGACAUCAGCUUGCGCUUCACCCACCUUUUCUGGUGCGGAGACCUCAACUAUCGGCUUGACUUGGACGUACAGGACAUCCUGAAACAUGUGUCCAAAAGAGAAUUCGAAGAGCUCAUGUGCGCAGACCAGCUUACCCGAGAAAGACACAAGAGGAAAGCCUUUCUCAGUUUCAAGGAAGAGAAGAUCACUUUUCCACCCACUUAUCGGUAUGAAAGGGGCUCUCGAGACUGCUAUUUGUGGCAGAAAUACAAGACAUCGGGGGUGCGAGUUAAUGUUCCAUCAUGGUGUGACAGGAUUCUGUGGAAGUCCUACCCAGAGACGCACAUCACCUGCAGCACAUAUGGUUGCACAGAUGACAUCUUUACAAGUGAUCAUUCACCUGUUUUUGCAACAUUUCAAGUCGGCGUAACGUCCCAGUGGAGCUCUAAAGCAGAGUCAAAUUCCAGCACAGAGAGGGCCUGGAUUGAGCUUGAAAGAAUUGAGGCCAUUGUGAAGACAGCAAGCAAGGCAAAGUUCUUCAUUGAGUUUCAUUCCUCCUGCCUCGAAGAGACGCGGCGCUCCAGUGAGAAUGAUUCGCAGGGCUGUGAUGUUCCAAGGUUUCUCAAACUUGGCUGGUCCUUUAAACAACUACCAAAGCCCAACUUCAGAAAUGAAGAUAACACUUUUUUUUUUGCCAUAGGUGAGUGCUGUGUGGCUCUACGCUCACUGGCCGGUGCAUCAGAGCGAUUUGAGACAUUUUUGAGUCACAGAGGGGAGGAGAUGGGCUCCAUACGAGGACGGGUCAGAGUCCAUGUGCCCAAGGACAGGCGAUCUACACGCCCAAAGAUCUAUGAGUCCUUCUGCCUUGAGAAAGAUGCCAAAGGUCCAGGGAGGAUACACGUGUCUCCUGCAACAACAAGGACCCAAGUAACUCGGUCCUCUGGAGCUCCUCUUAAAAUCACACCGAGCAGCUACACCAACCCUGCUUACUUCAUCUUUGAAGGUAUAUCAGUUCCACGUAGGGUGGAGGAAGCUCUGCCCAAGCCAAGGGACCCCCAGGUGAUCUGGUCUGGUAACGAAGCCCUGCAGCUCCCCAAAGUCUCAGGCCGUCAAGGCUUUGACCGGAGACCCUGUCGCAGAUCAGAUUUUACAGAAAUUGAAAUUCCGAGCAUUCUGCCCCAGCCACAAAGCGACUUUCAAAUAUCCCAAGCUAACUCCUCUUACCAGCUUUUUCCAGCCCGAGACCCAUCUCCAAUCCCUAAACCGUCAUGCAACGCCAUCCCACAGUACCAGGAACAGGCUUCUCAAUCCAGAGAAAAAUACCAAGGAAAAGUAAACGUUCAGGACUCCAUACAGACGAAAAGCAGUGCACGGAGUUUGUAUAUGAAUCACUCUGCAAUUAUUAGGGAAAAAAACAGAAGGGAUCAACAUCAGCUUCUUCCAACAAUGACCAAUGCUAUCCAAGCAGCAAAGUUGCCCUCAGCUCUCCCCUACAUCCCAGCUCACCUGGCAAACUGUCAGGCUUCUGCUCCCUGGAUCAUUGCCAAGCAGCAGACAGGGGACAACUCGCUCACUGCUUUGCAAAUUGCCAAAUCCCUCAGUGAAGUGGACUUUUUCCCCUCAGAGCAGAGAGGCCCUUCAGUCGUUAGCCACAGGGUUAAUUUUGGAAAUGGCCCUUCCAAGCAUGGAGAUCGAGGCUACAGCUGGGAGAAAGAGCAGGUCCUCAAAGGUGCUCCAGAAACUGUACGGGAGCUUCUCAGUGCUCUGGGCCUUCAAAAAUACACCCUGGGACUUAGCCUCAAUGGCUGGGAUGAUCUGGAUUAUUUCAGUGGCAUCACUGAGGAGGACUUAUGUGCCGCUGGAGUAACGAACCCUUCACACCGACGCAGGAUCUUGGAGAACCUGCCCAGGAAUUGGAACUGACACAGAGAUGAAGACGCUGAUGGUACACAGUCAUGUAAUCUACUCAAUUCAAACUGGAAGAACUUUUCUAAGUGAAAGGUGGCUGAUCUGUCAGUCAAAUCCGUUGGACUUCAACACAUCGCUGACUGAGGAAACCAUGCAGGAAGUACUCAUUGCACAAUAUUUUAUUUUUUUAUAUGCCAUCUUAAUAGCUGAUGGAAUGAUUGGGAAGCCAUUUGAUAUUUGUCUCUACUUUUAUGACAUAAUAAAUGUUGAUUAUGAAUAUGUAGGCUUCAUUUAUUUUGUUUCAAGUGAAUCAUAAAUCACUAUGAAAAUAUAGACCUUCAUUUUUCUUUGGUCACUUUGGGUUAUGUUUAC